AAGGCAGCGUGGCGCGCAGCCCCAGAGCGAGAACCAGAGCCUAGCGGCACCGAGUAACAACGCUAAGAGGCUUAAGAUCUCCAGGAGCGGCUCACCAUGGCUGGCCCGCAGCAGCAGCCCCCUUACCUGCACCUGGCCGAGCUGACAGCAUCCCAGUUCCUGGAAAUCUGGAAGCACUUUGAUGCAGACGGAAAUGGGUACAUUGAAGGUAAAGAGCUGGAAAACUUCUUCCAAGAGCUGGAGAAGGCAAGGAAAGGCUCUGGCAUGAUGUCAAAGAGUGACAACUUUGGAGAGAAGAUGAAGGAGUUCAUGCAGAAGUAUGACAAGAACUCAGAUGGGAAAAUUGAGAUGGCAGAGCUGGCGCAGAUCCUGCCGACUGAAGAGAAUUUCCUUUUGUGCUUCAGGCAGCAUGUGGGUUCCAGUGCUGAGUUCAUGGAGGCUUGGCGGAAGUAUGACACAGACAGAAGUGGCUACAUCGAAGCCAAUGAGCUCAAGGGGUUCCUGUCUGACCUCCUGAAGAAGGCCAACCGGCCCUAUGAUGAACCUCAGCUCCAGGAGUACACCCAAACCAUACUGCGGAUGUUUGACUUGAAUGGAGAUGGAAAACUGGGCCUCUCAGAGAUGUCCAGACUCUUGCCAGUGCAAGAAAACUUCCUGCUGAAAUUUCAGGGUAUGAAGCUGACCUCAGAGGAGUUCAAUGCCAUCUUCACUUUCUAUGACAAGGAUGGAAGCGGCUACAUCGAUGAGAACGAGCUGGAUGCUCUCCUGAAGGAUCUGUAUGAAAAGAACAAGAAGGAGAUGAACAUCCAACAGCUUACCACCUACAGGAAGAGUGUCAUGUCCUUGGCCGAGGCAGGGAAGCUCUACAGAAAGGACCUGGAGAUUGUGCUCUGCAGUGAGCCCCCCAUGUAAAGGGGUGAAGGGACAGGGGCUGCUUCUGCACCUCCUCUCAACCCUGCCUCCACCAUCC